GUGAAGACCAAAAUCCAUUCGCUUUCAAAUAAAAUAGUCAUUUCAUAGCCAAUUUAUGAAUUAUGAUUAGAGAUGACAAUACAAAUUUUAAGAAUUCUCCAAUCCUUCUUCACAACCUUGGUCUUCUUAGUAGCUUCUAUUGGGACCUCCAUAUCUCAUCCAUUGGAUAAUCUGAAUCCCCACGAAAUAAACAAAACAAGAGACAUUAUUCUCCACUCCAACAUCCGUUCCCUCUCUAACAUAACUUUCAGUUAUAUUGAUCUUGAAGAACCAGAGAAGAACGAUGUGAUAACCUGGUUAUCAUCAUCCUCCAGGAACAAAUCUUUUCCCUAUAGAAAAGCCAGGGCAGUGGUCCGGACAGACGGCAAGACUCGCGAAGUUGUUGUGGACUUGAUCAUGAACUAUAUCGUCUCAAAUGAAGUGUAUGGCGGGUAUGGGUUUCCGCCGUUCACUGUAGAUGAACUCAUUCAAGCCAGUACGUUGAUCAUGAACGAUUCCCGGUUUCAAGACUCGAUCAAGAGGAGGGGAUUGAAUAUAUCUGAGGUUGUUUGUACACCUGUCUCACCAGGAUGGUAUGGAGAGAGAACAACUACAAGGGUUCUAAUGAGUUCUUGUUAUUCAUCGGAGGGAACUUCAAAUUUUUGGAGUCAUCCAAUCGCAGGGAUCACAGCGUUAGUAGACAUCGACUCGACGAAGAUGAUUAGUUACACAGACAGGGGAAUAUCACCUCUGUUCACAGGCGGAACAACAGACUCGGAAUCAGCAAACGGUCGUGAUUCGCCGUUAAUAACCUGUAAUGGGACCGAAUCGAAUAUUCAUUUAAAUGGGAGUGUGGUGAAUUGGAAGAACUGGGAGUUCCAUGUUUCGUUCAACGCCCGUUCCGGCUUGGUUAUAUCGACAGCUUCUAUAUUCGACACAACCAAACAGCGCUUUAGGCGUGUGCUCUAUAGAGGUUUUGUGUCAGAGACAUUUGUUCCGUACAUGGACCCCACGCCUGAGGAGUAUUUCAAGACGUAUAUGGAUUUGGGCGAAUAUGGGUUUGGGGCGACGGCUAGCUCUCUUGUUCCGCUUCUUGACUGUCCGGCUAACGCCGUGUAUAUUGACGGCUACAUCGUCGGAGUGGACGGUCAGGCAUUUCCUAUCCCAAAUGCCAUUUGUAUUUUUGAACAUUAUACGGGACAAGUUUCUUGGAGACACACAAACUAUGGAGAUGGAACCAACCAGGUAACAAAUGGACAACAAGAAGUGAACCUUAUUGCAAGAAUGGUGGCUACUGUUGGAAAUUACGACUACAUACUUGAUUGGGAGUUCAAACAAAGUGGAUCCAUAAAGAUUGGGGUAAGCCUAUCUGGAGUGCUUCAGAUGAAGGGCGUGCCAUACGCGACAAGUCAAACGGUGAAGGAGGAUGUUUACGGAACCUUAGUUGCAAAUUACACUGUCGGAAGCAACCAUGAUCACUUCGUCACGUACUAUCUUGACUUAGACAUCGAUGGCCACUCCAACUCAUUUGUUAAAGCCAAAAUGAAGCCCGAGGCAGUGACUGAUCCUACGUUGUCGCCUAGGAAGAGUUACUGGAGAGUGAUCAAGGAGACCGUACCGAGGGAAGCGCAGGCUCGGGUUCGCCUCGAUUCCGAGCCUGCCGAGUUGUUGAUUGUUAACCCGAUCGAACAAGAAAACGGAGUUAGGGAACCAUGUGGGUUACAAGCUGGUUGCCGGACCGUCGGCUUAUUCUUUGCUUUCCGACGAAGAUUAUCCCCAGAUUCGGGCAGCCUAUACUAAGUAUCAGGUAUGGGUGACUCGAUAUAACGCGUCCGAGAAGUGGGCUGCCGGACUUUAUACAAUCCAAAGCCAUGGAGAUGAUGGAUUAGCUACUUGGAGCCGAAGGUAUAGUAUAGUACGGAGUACUUAAUUAUUUAUGUUGGUGCCUAGCUUGGUGGCAAUAUAUGUUCAUUGUUCUUAUUUUCUUUGAAUAUAGUCCAGCAAUGCAUAGAGAAAAGCUUUAAAAUAGAUAUACGGAGUAUGUUUUAAUAUCUUCAUAAUUUAUGAAAAAGUUAUAUUUAAAACACAUAAAUUUGAGCUAAAAUGUUUUUUUUACUCCAGGGGACUUUUCCCCGAAGGGGGCUGUCGGUCAAAUUUAAUCAGGUCUGAAACUCACUUUAUUGAAUUUCGAACACGAGACCUCCCGUAAGGGUGACUGGGUGAGUGAGUCGGCGACCAGCUGGGUUGGACCGCUUCCUCUAAGCCAAAAUGUUCUUUACACUAACUUUAUGGUUACCCGAAAAAGUUCUUAAAAUACGGAGUAGAAGUUACCUGAAAAAGUUUUCAAAAUAGACAUAUGGAGUACUAUUUGUUUAUUGCACGAUUAAAUCUGACAACAGGCAUAUCCGAAAAAACUAAAAUUGAAAGUUUCACUACAUAACCUCGUUAAAAUGAGUGUAAUUAAGUUGAACUAUUCAUAUAAUUAAGCAAUUUCUCAGGUUUGUCUCUACCAUAUAUAUUGACUGACUUGCUUUGAGGUUGGUUAUGCUAACUAAAAACUUUAAUUAUUUGAUUGGUAUUUUAUUUGCAGGAAUAGACCAAUUGAAAAUAAAGAUAUUGUGUUGUGGUACACUUUGGGAUUCCAUCAUGUACCAGUCCAAGAAGAUUUUCCGGUGAUGCCAAUUGUAUCGGUAGGGUUUGAGCUAAGGCCGGCAAACUUUUUUGAAAGUAACCCAUUCCUUAGAAAAUGAUGUACUUUAUGAAUCAUGGUAGUAGCAUUCACAAGAAGCAUAAUAUAUAUGCGUGGUCCGACAUAUGUACUCAUUCACUCUUAUGAGAUGCAUUUGACAGAUCAAUCCCUUAAAUUCUGCCUAUCAAACACAGUCCUAGAAAUAAAUAUACUCUCUAUGUCACAUUAUACUCCGUAUAUCUUAAUUAUUGC